CACGGGGUAAGCUCUUCGUAAAUGAAUUGAGAGUCAAACGAUCUAAGACUGCCUAUUUGCUUUAUUUCCUACUUAGAAUAGUAAUAUGGCACCAUCAUUAGUAUGGAUCGAUUGUGAGAUGACCGGCCUGGCAGCUACUGACAAGUUGAUUGAGAUUGCAGUCAUCAUAACAGAUGAUGAACUAAAUAUCGUCGCUGAGGGGCCUAACUUAAUCAUCCAUCAACCGAAAGAUACCAUGGAUAAGAUGAAUGAAUGGUGUACCGAGCAUCAUGGCGCAUCUGGCCUCACCGCUGCUGUGCUCGCUUCCAAAGUGACAACGGAAGAUGCCUGUGCUCAAGUGCUUGAAUUUAUCAAAAAGUAUAUCCCGAAAUCCCGCCAUGGCAUCCUUGCCGGGAAUAGCGUCCACGCUGACAAAGAGUUCUUGGAACGUGAAAUGAAGCCUAUUAUUGACCACCUCCAUUAUAGAAUCGUGGAUGUUUCAACUGUCAAGGAGCUAGCUCGAAGGUGGUACCCAGAGGAAUUCAAACACGUACCACCAAAGAAGAUGGCGCAUAGGGCAUUGGAUGAUAUCAAAGAGUCAAUCAAAGAACUACAAUAUUAUCGAAGUGCAGUGUUUAAAUAAUUUAAUAAAAUCUGAG